GAUAAAGUCAUGGCCUAGGAUUUUUAAUGUUAGAAUUGAGAUUUUUGGAAUUUUUUAUGUUUUAUUUUAGGUGUUGUCAUCUGUAAUGAAGAUCACUGUGAGACAAGAUUGAAUAAAGCCUAGUAACAACUGGACUAGAGGUUUAGAAGAGAAAGUUAAAAUUAGUCACUUUGGUUGUAGUGUUCCUAUUUCAUAAUGUAUAUUCUUUAAAAUAUUUAGGGAGUGGAAAUUAAAAUUCAGUGCUACACCAAAGAGUGCACUAAUAUUUGUUUUUUUUCUUUUUGUAUGAGAGGAGGAGGUAAAUAACCAAGAGAUACAGUGAUUCAUAAUGAAAUAUACUAAGUUUAAUUUUAUGAUGUCAGUCCUUGGCAUUAUGAUCUAUGUUACUGAUUUAAUUGUGGACAUCUGGGUGUCUGUCAGAUUUUUUCAUGAAAGACAGUAUGUUUUUGGUGUUUUAACAGUAAGCUUUAUGCUCUUUGGAACACUUGUGGUCCAGUGUUUUAGUUAUUCUUGGUUCAAGGCUGAUUUAAAAGAAGCAGGCCAAGAAAGCCAUCAUUGUUUUCUUCUACUUCAUUGCUUGCAAGGAGGAGUUUUUACAAGGUAUUGGUUUGCCUUGAAACAAGGUUAUCAAGUGGCUUUCAAGUAUAGCAGCAAAACUGAAAACUUCGUGGAAAAACAGAUUAAUGAUAAGGUGACAGAUUUGAGCAUGCUAAGGCUGUUUGAGACCUACCUGGAAGGUUGCCCACAACUUGCUCUUCAGCUCUACAUCUUUCUGGAACAUGGUCAAGCAAAUUUCACUCAGUAUGCAGCCAUCAUGGUCUCUUGCUGUGCUGUUUCUUGGUCGACUGUUGAUUAUCAAAUAGCUUUAAGAAAAUCCUUGCCUGAUAAAAACCUCCUUAAUGGACCCUGUCCCAAGCUUGUAUAUCUCUUUUACAAGUUGUUUACAUUAUUAUCUUGGAUGUUGAGUGUUGUGCUUCUUUUAUUCUUAAAUGUUAAGAUUGCUUUCCUUCUACUGUUUUUUCUUUGGAUUUUAGGUAUAUAUUGGGCAUUUAAAAAACAAACUGAUUUUUGUGUUUCCACAAGUAUGGAAAUCCUAUACAGGAUUGUUGUUGGAUUCAUUCUUAUCUUUACAUUUUUUAAUAUUAAGGGACAGAAUACCAAAUGCCCAAUGUCUUGUUACUAUAUUGUAAGGGUAUUGGUCACAUUGGGGAUAUUGAUUGUGUUCUGGUUUUACCCACUCUCUAUUUUUAAUGCAGACUAUUUUAUACCUGUAAGCAUUACUAUAGUUCUUUCUCUUCUCCUUGGAAUUAUUUUUCUUCUUGUUUAUUAUGGGACUUUGCACCCAAACAGAAGUGAAGAGACAAAACUGGAUGAAGUUGAUGGAAAACCAAUUCAAAGAGAUUGCAGAAUGAAGUAUUUCCUCAUGGAAUAAG